AUGCGAUCACGACCACGACAGCCUGGACAGCCUGAAGACAUGCUUGUUGAAGUGGUCGAGAUCCCGAUGCCCUGGUGGAACCAGAGCCACUUGGACCGCUUGGACUUCCUUCGCGGUCAUGACCAAGAGGUACAUCCACCGAGCACUUUACCCGAGAAGAUGAACCCGGCCUCCAGUCCAUGGACUUUGCCGCUUCCGCCUCCUCUGCCCAACUUGCUGGAAUGCAUGGCCUUGGAAGGGGAGAUGCGACGCCCCAGCUCCAGCUGGGACGUGGAGAACUUGGAGCCUGCUUACGUGCGCCUGGAUAGCCCUCCCGUAAGGGCGGCAGGGCAUGGUAGGGGUGCAUCGGCGACCCGGCAUGGGGACAGUCGGGUCAGUCCAGUGGUUCAGGCUCCAGUCGGUCCAGUGGUUCAGGCUCCACGUGAUCCAGGGCUCUCUGGGCAGCGGCUGAAGCGAGUGACACAUGUCAAGCACGCGCCCAUCUACAAGUAUGCCGAGUGGUGCGUGUACUGGGCCGAGAAAGGAGGUAGGGGUCCCGACGAACCGAUGACCCCACGCUCCGACUUGACCAAGUCCGAGUUCGAUGUGCAGUAUGGAGCUUGGAGGAAGGCACUGGUGGAGGGGCCACCGCGAGGGCGGUGCCCCCGAAUCCUCGAGCUCAACCAGCACCUGCGUGAGCUGUGA